AGCGAUAACCCGGGGCACGUGGCUGUCUGCCACAUCCCACAGCACCGCUCGCCAUGCAGGACCCCUGCUUCUACCUCCUGCUAUUCCUCUGCCUGCUGCCACUGCCACUGGGUGCCACCAGCCUGGAAGACCCCCGGGACCCACUGCCACCGCCGCUCAGCACUUCCGACCCUACUGCUCACCUGCUGCGUGGCCGCCCCUCGGCCCCGGUGCGGCCCUACAGCCUCUCGCUGUCCCCCGAGGACUAUCGCUACGCUCCCAAGCCUCGCCACCUGCGGCCCGGCCGACUGCGCCGGCUGCUGGGCCCAGCCUUUGACCCCUUCUGGAUGUCGUCCGAAGAACCGCUAGGCCGCAACCUCAGCGCCAAGGAGGAUCUGGAAACCAUGAGCCGGGAGCUGGCAGAUAGCAGCGGGCGCUACCGCCGCAAGCUGUGGAGGGAGGUGGAGGGGAUGGAGCUGCCCCCCGAGCUGCCCGCCGACAUGGCACGGCUCCUACGGCGCUGGCUGGUGGAGAGAGCCUCGUGUCGCCUCACCUCCGCAUGGGUGGACCUGGGGCCCGUCUUCUGGCCCCGCUGGGUGCGGCACACCGCCUGCAGGACCGGCCCUCCCGCCUGCUCGUGGCCCCCAGGCAUGGCCUGCCGCCCGGCCCAGCUCACUCACCUCAAGCUGCUGGCCUGGCACUGCUGGGCCGCCCGGCCGCCCGGCCCCCCACACUGCGCCUGGCGACAGGUCCCCUACCCCGUGGUGGUGGCCUGCAAGUGCUCCUGCCGCUGAGGGGGUGGGAAAUAAAGAGCUGAAAGCCAA